UGUCUGUGCGUCUGUACAUGAAGCACUUUAGUUAAAGGCUCUCAAAACUCAGCACAAACCUUUGAGUAAUCUCCACAAGUCUUAAUCUUUUCGCCAUUACUUUUCUCAGACUCAUCUUUCCUUGUCUGGGUUGUCUUCAUUUCUUCUUGAGAUCACAGUUUCAGCCCCCUCUUUUCACAUUCCAACUCCACUGUCAAAACCAUUCAAAUCUGAAAAUGAUUCAGAACCCCAUUUGUUUGAUGGGGUUUUCUUAGUUUCUCGAUUGUUUUAAUCGGAUUCUGAGACAUGGGUUCUGUCUCAAAUAUGGAAAGAAUGAUUUGUAUUGUGUUAUGAGAAGUCAGUUUAAGUUGCUACAGAUUUUUUUUUUUUUUUAAGGGUUGUUUGGAGUAUGGGAAGAGUCAGGGGAAAGGGAAAGAAGCCAACGAUUAUUGCUUCUCGUGAGGAUUAUGGAAGUGGUGAAGAAUUGAAAAUUCCAGCUUUCAGGAGAAGGGGAAGGCCACAAAAGCCAUUGAAGGAUGAAGUCGAAGAAGAAGAAGCUGAGAAGAUGGUAGAAGAUGGUAAUGAUCCAAAAGUUUCCAUCUGUAGUAAAGAUAUAGGGAAUCAGGCUGCCAUAACAAAUGGAAGGAAGAGGAAGAAAUCCACACAGGCCAAAGAAGAGAAAGACACAGACAAACAUGACAGUAGCAUCGGACUAAAACCAAGUACUGAUGAAUCAAUGAAGUCUGUCGGAUUUCGACAAAAGGGGAGUAGGAGAAAAAGCAAGCCUCGACGGGCUGCUGAAGCUGGUGUUGAAUGCAAGUGAGGUUUGCUUCAUUUUGUAAUGGCCUUGCACCCUUUCCAAUGGCCAUAUAAAUCAUUACCGUAGAGUGUAACUUGUUGGCAUGCACAUGAGUCCGGAUGUUUCUUCUGUUAUAUGCUUUUUUGUUUCUGUCAAUUUUGAUUCAGAGGGUUUUUCCAUUUGGGAAAUAAACUAUCCUGUUUGUAAUCCGCUAUGAAGUUACUUAAUUUAUAUACUUUGUUCUCUCGAAAGAAGAAGUUACAUAUACUCCGGGAGGAUACUUAAUAGUAAAUGAGCACAUUU